CAUGUCUUUUUUUUAACACUGUCGAGCCACCCCUGUUUAUAUGGGCUUGCACAAUCCUUUCCCAUGAGCUAUUUUUUGUGAUUGAUUUAGAAGUAGGUGUCAUAUUUUUACUUGGUAUCAGAGCCAGUUCAUUUCCGGUUGGACACUGUUCAUUCUCCAAUUGAGUAUUUAUAUGGAUUUAAAAAUCCUCCCAUAUGAGUUAGCUUUUGAAUCUAACGUCUUUUUUGGGGCAGACUUUAUAAAAGUUGAAUUGUCUUGACAGUCAAGACUCUGGAAAUUUACAACCCCUUAUCUACGGCAAUGCUUGGCCCUCUUUCAGAAUUUAAAUGUUUUUUUGGAAAAAACUUUGAGAAGACCUAGUAAAAUCAGAGUAUCUGGAGCAUUUAUAACCACUAAUCAGUCAUCCAUGCACUACUCUUUGAUAUGACACUAAAGACUUUAAUUAUAAAGUCAAGUCACUGUGGAAAAUUUACAACCCUAAUCUACGGAAUUGCUUUGAUUAAGUUACCCAUUUCUUUGCUGAAUACUUUGUUCCUAUUGCUUUGAUUAACUUACCCAUUUCUUUGGUGAAUACUUUGUUCCUUGUACUAGCAAUCACAUUGACAUGGAGAAAGCCUACUCUAAUUUCUUUAUUUCAUCACUACUACUACUCUUACACCUCUACUUGUUAGAGACAGUAUGCAUCGAUGCAGUUCAUACAGAUGAAUCAGCUCUAUUUGCCUUAAAAGCCAGUUUUACGCUAAACUCUUCUCAUCCCUUAACUCAGAAUUGGUCUUCUCAGUCCUCCAUUUGUGAUUGGAUUGGAGUCACUUGCGGCUCUCGUCACCAUAGGGUGACUGCACUAAAUAUAUCCAACAUGAGCAUUCUUGGAAACAUUGCCCCGCACUUGGGGAACCUCUCUUUCCUAGUUUCUCUUGAUGCAAGCCAAAACAAUUUGCAUGGAGACCUCCCACAAGAUUUGUCUCGUUUACGUAGAUUGAAGGUGAUGGAUUUUGCCUUCAAUAAUUUCAGCGGAGAGAUUCCAAUGUGGUUCGGUUCCAAUUCUUCUUCUAUUUCCAAGUUAGAAACUCUGAGUGUUAGAAACAACAGUCUUCAAGGCAAUAUCCCCAAGGAGAUAGGGAAUCUUAAGAAUCUAAAGGAGUUGAUUUUAUUUGGAAACCAAUUUACAGGCACUAUCCCGCUCUCCAUUUUCAAUAUGUCGUCGUUGGAAAUUUUAGGUCUAUCAAAUAACCAAUUAACUGGGAGUCUUCCUGUAGAUAUAUGCCACCGUCUUCAUAGAAUAAAGAGCAUUGGAAUUAUUUCCAAUCAUUUGAGUGGUCACAUUCCACCUGGUUUGUCUAACUGCACAGAAUUGUAUGAAUUGUCGCUGUCAUACAAUAGCUUCAAUGGGACUAUUCCACCAGAAAUUGUCAACUUGGAGAGGCUUCAGUUCUUAAACCUUGGGGGAAAUAAAUUGCGAGGCACAAUUCCAGCAAAUAUUGGUAAUUUACAAAAGUUGCAGCAAGUACAAUUGGAGAACAAUUACAUGGUGGGUUCGAUACCGCACACCAUAUCCAACUUGUCAUCACUAUGGAUGCUUAAUUUGAACACAAAUAGUUUAUCAGGUAUUAUACCCAGAGAGAUUGUAAAUCUACACAAAUUGGAGAUACUUUAUUUGCAAAUUAAUAAGUGGUUCCAUACCGGAAGGGCUCUUCAAUAUCUCUACACUAAUAGAGGUUUCAGUUUUCUUCAAUAAACUUUCCGGUAGUCUUCCAUAUGCUUCAGGGUACU